UGCGUUGCAACUGCCAUCUGCAGAUGUGCAACAAAGGAAUGCAGCAAGUAGCCGAUAAUAAAAGUUUGCAAAAAUGAGCGCAGCAAAAGAGGAAGAUGACAGCUUAGUUCCCACGGUCAGAGAAGUGCAGCAAAAGUUUGCCGACAUUUUAGGCCAUGACAACGGUAUAACCUGGGAUCUAAUAUCGCCGAGUCAAAAAAAUGUGUUGGAGGAAAAGUUAUCUCAGCUCCAUUGCCAUUCGAACAUGUUUAAUUGGAUUUGGAGUAAUAGUAUAUAUUCAAAUGGGCAGUCCCUCACGUCUUUAUUUUUCGUGAUGCUUGUGGAUAACGUACGUGAUUACAAACUGGCAGAGCAAAGUAGGUCCUGGCGUCUAUAUCCGGUAUUUCGAUGUCGACGAUGUGUGGAUGAAACUGGCCAGGCCAGUAACAUGGACUGUUGCAUGUCAUAUGUGACACAGUACAGAUCUGCUAGCUCCUGGAAAGGAUUUUUGAAGAGUAACGGGUUUGGAAGUGGUCUAAUAGUCUCCCCGCAUCUUGGAGUUUACAAGCAAAUCGAUGGUCAGGUUGAGCUAAAAACGUAUUCUACCACUGAGAUAUUGUACCCAGAUACAGUAAAUCUGCCAAUAACGCCCGAAUCAUUAAAAAAAGCCUCGAAAAUGAGUAUUAAACAUACCAAAUUCGUAAUACAAUCCGAUCAUCCAUUCCGGGCUAUCCCUGUACCAGUUUAUGACUUUUGCGCCUGUGAAAAGAUGCUUAAUGUGAUUCUGAAUCCUCUCAGUGCUUUGCAAUCUUCUGAUGUAGUUGAUCUAUCGGAUUCCUUAUUAUUAUUUACAAAUAAUGUUAACAAUUCACGCCUCGGCUCAUUGAUGAAGAGUAAUAAUAAUGAUCCUAGCAUCCUUAUUAAUCAUCUAAGAACGGUGUGGAAUAAGAUUGCUGAGGAAUCUAUUCGCAUUGAGGACAAUGUGCAUCUUAUUCGUAAUGGAAACGGAGUGCCUACAAAAGCGGACCUAGAUAACCUAUUUCGCCUAGUUGAUAGCAAGAAAAACAAAAAAAAAAGUAUGGAGCCUAAGAAUCCAGGAAAUAAACCAUUUGAUCUUCCAGAAAUUGUAUCUAUCAGAGUCAAAGGAGAAGAUAUUAACCUAAGAGAAUUCGGAAUUUAUCUUAAAGAACAUAUUGCAAGCUCAGAGAGCUUCGACAUUUUGAUAAGUUGCAUGUCAGAGCAUUUGGAAGUUGAUACUUUCAAGCUUAUUAUGCAGCUUACGCAAACAUUUGUGGAAAAUGUGAGGGAGGAAAUGUGCCAAAUACUGAAAUAUUAUUUUCCCACGGAAUCCAUUUUAUAUCAGAUAAUAUUGUGCAUAAGUAAACAUUAUCCAAACUGGAACUUUAAUGAAAUUGAAGAGCAUUCAUCGAAUAUUUUACGGCGCGUACGAAUGUUUUUUGCCUCUACCGGACCGAAUUCUCGUACUGAGUUUUUAAAGAAAUGUAAAGAUUGUACUGGAUACUAUGACAAAUGCAAUUUUACAUAAGACAUUUUGAUAUUUCAUUUUGUGAGUUUCACUGCCAGCCAAUUAUUUAUAUUGUAACAAUGUUACUAAAAAAUCCACCAGUGUAUUUUUGUAUCUCUGCAAAAAAAAAACA